GGUGGGCCGGGGGGAGGGGUGCAUGCCUAUAUUUGGUGAUCUCGGGCCCAGCCAUGCCCGCCUGCUCCGAAACCUGCCCCGGCUCCCGCCCCGCGGCGAACAGCCGGGGCAGCGCCGGGGCUGGACUUUGGCUCCCCGAGGCCGGGAGCUGGGCGGGGGCACGCAGGGCGUGCGGGCAGAGCUUGCGCACGGGGGUGAACCCAGAGCUUGCACACAGGGGUGCCACGUGGCCCUGCCUCUCCUCUGCACCCCCGUGGACACAGUGACCUGGGGGGGCAAGCAGGAGGGGAGGGGCGCCCUGCCCUGCCCUGGGAACGGGGAGACCUGGGGCAUGGGGGCCACCCUGGUGCAGCACAGGUGGGCACGGAGCCCCCCCCACAGCCUGGGGGCAGGAAGCCUCCCUGAACCCCCCAGCCCCUUGGAUGCACGACGAGCCCCAGACCUGCUGCCCCCCACCUCGCUGCGGCCACGUGGGCAGCACCCAUGGGCCCUCCCAGCACUUGCGUGGGGGCAGCAACACCCCGGCCUCGAUGCUGCCGCACCAGGGCAGCUCCUGCCCCGUGCGGGGACGCGGCUACAAGAACCCCCCACAGCUCUGCCCGCUUUGGGGCACCAGCUCUGGGCUGGGAGUGCCAAGAAACAGCAGGUUGCUUCCCUGCGGGGGGUCUGGAAGGUGACACCCAUCAGCACUGGUGCUAGGCUGGUCUGUACUGGUGAGAGCGGGUGCUGGGCAUGGGAGCUGCCUGCAGGACCCCAAUGGGGCGCACUGACGGCAGGGAACUUGCUCUGGCUUCAUGCCUGGAUCGGGCCCCUCUGCAUGGCUGAGAUCCAGCCACGCGGCCCCCCGGCAGUGGGACCAGUUCCCUCCAUCAGUACGACCAGCUUGGCACCCAGAUGGGACUGGGUGCACUGGUUUCCACAGAGUCUGGCUGCAAGCGGUGCCCAGCUGGGCCCGGCCAGCGCCGGGAGGGGAGACCCCAAACAUGCACCAUGCACCGGGGGCAAGGAGCCCUCGUGGGGGACCUCCUCCACUCCCCGCCCAGCCUGGGGCCGGGCACGGCAGUUCCUUGCUGCGUCCACCAGGGGGGCCCCUGGACCGGUGCCGUGGCCUGUCCCGUGCCGCAGGCGUGUCCGUGUCGGUGCCCGGUGCCCUGCCCGUGUUGUGCCAGCAGGUGUGUGCCUGCAGCCUGGGCCCCCGGGGACAAGGGCAGGGACAGUUUGGGAGGGAAUCUCCCAGGCCAGUGGCCUGAGAUGAGUUUUUCCGUUCUCAGCCUC